AUGAACGGAUACCUGCAACCAAUGGCAUAUUUGGUUGCUGAAAACGAAUCUGAUAUUCAAGCGGCUGUAAUCUGUUGUAAGUCAUUAGAUGUCCAUUUGGUGGCACGGAGUGGUGGUCACUCGUACAUGAAAUAUGGGUAUGGAACUUCACGUUCAUUGGUGAUCGAUUUAGCCAGAUUAAAUCGAAUCACAAUUGAUCGCACAGAGAUGAGUUGUUAUGUCGGACCAGGAGCCUUACAAGGUCACAUCGCAUACACUUUAUGGAAAGAAGGCAACUUUAUGAUUACGACCGGAAUGUGUCCAACAGUGGGAAUAUCAGGUUUUGCGUUAGGUGGCGGAUACGGAUACUUUUCGAGGUUAAUUGGACUGGCAUCGGAUAAUGUGCAGGAACUGCAAAUGGUUGAUGCAACAGGGCAACUGAUUACAAUCAAUGACUCUACAAACGAAGAUUUAUUUUGGGCUCUGCGAGGAGGUGGUCUUGGAGGUUCUUUUGGAAUCGUUACCAAUUUCAAAUUUAAAAUGUAUCCUGAACCGGAGUCUACUGCCUUUGGCUUCUACGAAUAUGAUAUCGAUGAUUUUCCACAAUUUUUUUACGCCUGGCAGUCGCUUAUCACGUCCGACCUAUCCGAUAAUGUUAUUUUAAUUGUGGACGUAUUUCAAUAUAAAAUCUUACUGGACAUCAACAUCGUUAAUUGGAAUGCUCCAGAAGCUGCGAUGGCUUCAAUUUCCGAUCUUGAGAGUCUUCUUACCUCAUUUUCUUUUCCUGCUGCUACUAACACCACACUCAAAAUGUUAUCGUACCCAGAGUUUCUGCUACGGGCCACCCAGUAUUAUUCCAUCGAUCCUUUAACUCACAUUUCGCAGUUGGCAAAGUUGACCAGACAUCGUUAUGCCGGUUGGAAAAAGGUGAAAUCAUUUUUUGUCGAAAAAAUUUUGAACAGAUCCGAAAUCGCAGAGGUUAACACACAGUUGAAGGAGUACCUGAAAACGUCGGACCUGUACAUCGAACAUUACGGUGGUGCGAUAAACAAAAUUCGUCGUUCGGCAACGGCUUAUAUGCAUCGUCGACGCAAGAUCUUGUACUGUCUUCAAAUGUAUUCUUUUAAUCCGAACGGUUUGGAAUCGAUUGACGCUAUCGUGGCACUACAACGAUUUUACGAGAUGAGCCGGAGACUAUUUAAUCAUCGAGAAUCGUAUCAAAAUUACAGCGAUGAAGAUAUUCCCGAUUACUUGGAGCGAUACUAUGGCAGAAAGGGUCUGAGACGAUUGAUUCAAGUUAAACGAAGAGUAGAUCCAGAGAAUUUCUUUCGACAUCCUCAGUCCAUUCCAGUGUACUAA